UUCCGGUAUACCUAAAAUAUUUAUCACCGAUGUAAAAAUGGGACACAAGGAGGCAAGGUAGUCUUCCAAACAUGCUUUCUGUCAAUCAUCUUGAUAUUACGGAAAUGUUUGUUUAACCGCUCAUAUCCUUGUGGCGCUUAUUUUAGGCACUUUGUCUGUAAUGGUUCAUUUGACAUGAGAUACUGCCUGGAGUCGUAUAAGCUGACGGAUGAUGAGAAGAAGAAAGUUGAAGAGUUUCUUUCACUUAUCCAAAGCACUCAAAGUUCUCCUGAGUACCAACAGCUAGCCUUCAACGUUUUGGCUGCACGAAAGUUUUCUGUCCCACAAGCCUUGGAGUUGUACCACAGUUAUCAGACUUUUCUGGCUAGUGAACAGAUUACUCGUGUAGAUCCUUUCGAAGAAGAUAUUAGACGUGAAUUAUUAUCAGGGAAGUUCGUUAUAUUGAACGAUAAUGACAUUCCUGGUGUUCGUGUGGCUCAGUUUUUCGUUAGGUUGCAUCGAAAAUCAGGAAAUCAUCGAGCUUUGUUACACAGUAUCAUAUUUCAGUUGGAUGCUGCAUUGAAAAGAGAAACAGCUGCCAGAAAUGGUUUGGUCUUCAUUUUUGACAUGACAGAUUCCAAAUAUUCCAAUUUCGACUACAAUUUUUCUUGCAAAUUGUUUAAAAUGCUACGAUCUUCCUACCCUGUACGUCUUCGACGUGUAUUGGUCCUAACUGCUCCUCUCUGGUUCCGCGCUUCUUUUUUGCUAAUGAGAGUGUUUAUUCGAGAGUUAUUCCAGGAUUGUGUAUAUGUACUACGACCUUCACCUGGAACAAAAUUAGAAGCACUUUGUCAUCCCGAUCCUGUUACUCUGAAGCGUGAUCAUUAUGCUUGGCUUCAAACUGCUUUAUUACGAACGGGAUGGUUGAUGACAGAAACUGAACAGGCUACAUUACCCAAUGGUCAUCGCGUUCAAACAGCUGCUGCCUUCUUUGGUCCACCUUCAGAUUCUAGUGGGUCAAUAUCCGAUUCGAGUGAUUCAGAAUUUCGUGAUGAUGAUGAUUCCCUAUCCAACAGUCAAAUAGAUGAUGAUGACUUAAUAAGUAUUGGAGACUUGGAUCCAUUUUCACUGACCGGUUCGUAUUCAGGUGAAGCUGAAAGUUCUGAUAUGGAGGAAUGUACACCUGAUGUAAUCAUGGAAACAUUGCCAACAUCUAACUUGGAGAAGAUAAACGAUAUUAAUUACAAUCCAAAGUUAGCCUUCAGUCACUUCGAAUCACGUACAUAUGAUCAGAAACGUCAAACAUUAUCAAAUUCAGAACAUGGUGGAACACCUACCCCUCCAACAGUUGCUAAACGUCAACAACUAACAACUACGCAGAAUUUCAAUUAUCCUACUGUUAAAUUAUUAGAUCAUUCAGACUCACAUCCGGCUGUUAGUCGUCCGUCAACUGUAACUGCUUCUGGUGAUGACCAUAGUAUAGGUUUUGUCGAAGAUGUCUCAUCAAUACGCGUUGAUCCUGUCACACCUACUGCAGACAACUCUGUUGAUUCUCCAUCAGGUUCUGAAAUUUUCACUGCUAAACAAAGUUCACUUAACUUUAAGAAUGCAGGUGAAUUUAAUUCAUCUUGUUCAUCUACACCAUCUUUUUUUUCAACUGGAUCUGCUAGUGUGCAUUCUACAAAAUGCAGUCCAACAAGCGAUAAAGUUGUUAGCAAUUUAUUAACAUCAGGUAUAACAAAAAGUAGUUUUGAAAAACGAGGAUCAUCAAAGUUUAUACAGAAGACCGCAGUUUUAUCAACUUCCAAAGAUCAAGAUUUACUUCUAGCAGAUGUUGAAUUUCUUGACUCAACAAAUUUUCCUCAUAUGCGAAAUAAAUCUGCACCACUUGCACAAGAUGAAAUCGGUGAACGAACUAUUUGUAAUGAUGAAAACCGUCGUCAUAUAUUUCACGAAAUUACUGCAUAUGGAUUUAAAACUGAUAGUGUCGAUCGUUCAGGAAAUAUUCCACCUUGGGCAGUUGGACGACCACAGGGUGAAUCUAUUCAUCAAUAUUAUGAUACUGUACUUCCGUCUGCAUUGUCUUCUUUGAAUAAUAAUGAUAAUACCACCCGUGUGAAUGAGAUAAAUUCAUCGUAUGUAGGACAUUUAUUUUCUUCAAGUUUGGAUAAAUUUCCUGAAUGUGAUUUAGUAUCUUUUAUACAUACCUCUACUACUACUACUACUACUACUACUUGCACUACUUAUGCUACUGGCAAUAAUAACACUUGUGCAUCUAUCGCUAAUUCAACUAUUAGUCAUUCUGAAAAUGAUGACCACCGUGAAGCUUUAUUAUUAGAAAGACAAAAGACAUAUGACGAGAUUGAUGCCAAUAUGAUUGAGAUAAACAGCACUACAUCUAGCAGUACCGAAGAGAUAUCUGAUAUUGGUGAUGAGGAAGAAGAAUUUGAGGUUGAAGAGGAAGACGAUGAUGAUGAUGAUGAUGAGGAGGAGGAGGAGGAGGAGGAGGGAACUCAAACAAUAAAUAUGCAGGAGCAUUGGAUGAAUCCAGAUGAAUUGGUUCAACACAUCAAAGCUGUCGGUUUGAAUGGAUUGAAUUCAGAAUAUGCUGCUCUUGUCAAAUUGAAAAAUGAUGACACACAUGUCGCCUUCAAACAUAUUCUCAACCGGAAUAAGAACCGUUAUUGUGAUGUAAUUUGCAAUGAUGCAACACGUGUCUAUCUACAACCAUUGUCGAAUAUUUCGGGAAUUUCAUAUGGUCGUAGUAAUGAGGAACCAGUUUCAUUUCGUAAUCAGAGGUCGUUUUCUUCACGUCUUCAUCGUACGCAUUCAGCACCGAUUUCUACACAAACAUUGGUAAAAAAUUAUAUACAUGCAAAUUGGGUUGAUGGUUAUCGACAGAAGAAUGCUUUCAUAUGUACUCAGGGUCCAUUGUCUGAAACUGUUGGGGAUUUUUGGCAGAUGAUUUGGGAUUAUCAUUGUCCUAUUAUUGUUAUGAUUACAAAAAUUCUUGAAGCUCAACGUUCAAAGUGUUACUUGUAUUGGCCAGAUUCAGAAAAUCAAAAAUUAUAUUUCAGUUCUGGUCAUCCAGGUUGUCUAGUUUCACCGUCUAACCGAUCUAAUGAUUGCAAGUCCAAAAAGCCUGAUACAUCUCCUGACUUUUCAAUUGAAAAUAUAAAAUGCGAAAGUACUGGGAAUUUCACUCAAACAACUUUGCGAUUAACAAAUUUACAGCUGAAUGAAGCGAGAACUCUUGAACACUUUGCCUUCUUCUCAUGGCCUGAUCAUGGUACACCUCAGACAACUGGAGGUUUACUAGAUUUACUCACCUCCGUUCAGUUUACAUAUUCCAAAGAAAUUGAGCGAAUGGGAUAUAAAUCUUAUGAAGACCAAGAAAUACCACCCCCACCAGUUGUUGUUCACUGUAGUGCAGGGAUUGGUAGGACGGGUACCUAUGUAACCGUCGAUAUAUGCACAAAAUGGUUAGCUGAUCCCCGGAAUACAGAUCACAAAAUCAAUAUUCCAUUGACAGUUAGUCGGGUGCGUUCACAAAGAUUUGGUUGUGUACAAGUCCCGUCACAAUAUACCUUUUGUUAUCGGGCUAUAAUUGACUUUGCAGUGAAUGCUAGUUUACUAGAUUUUGAUAAAGGUCAAAGUGUACUAAAUUCAUUAAUUUCAGAUUCGAAUACACAAACAUCAAAUAUACCAACAUCAUCAUUUUAUCAUCAUCAGUCAUCAUUGCCUAGACCAUUUUGUGGAUUAAUACCAAAUUUAAAAAAUGAUUUAAACAAUGCAUCAUCCACUUUUAAACAUGGCCGUAUAAUCACUAAUCCUACUCCUAUUGCUGCUACUGCAUCAACAAUAAUUUCAUCAAUAUCUCAAGGAAAUUGUUCUUCUUCUCCUUCUGCAUCUACUGUUUCACUUAAUCAUAAUCGUAGCCCAUUUCAUGAAUUGUUGGCGUUGUUUACACCUGCUAAUUUGACAUCAAUUAAAAAUUCAAUUCGUUUUAGAAAAUUCAAAGAUACAACUAGUUCAGAAUUUUCGACUGAAAAUGAUAUUCUUGAUAUUGAUGGUGAAGUUUGUCUUGUAGAUGAAAAAACUACAUCAAUUAAUGAUGUUUGUAAUUCUGGUGUCAUAAUUAAUUUGACUACUGGGAGUACAACAAUCAAUAAUAAUAAUAUGGAUGAUGAUAUUCAAGAUGAUUCAUGUGUUGUUAUAAAUCCCCAUUUCAAUUUUGAUAUGUCUUCAUCUUCAUCUUUGUCGACAACAAGUAGUACUACUGUACAAUCACCUCAGGUAUCUUCUGGAUUAAUUGAUUGUGAAAAUACUGUGACUGUUCAAGCUCCAUUUUCUCGUCCAGUGAAACCUGCUAUCUUCAAUGAUGACUUGAACAUUACUAGUGAUAAAUCUAAACGUAAUAAUUCAGUAACACCAAGUGGUCGAUCUACUCAGUCGGAGGCUGAUACUUCUUAAUGAUAUAUAUAUAUAUAUAUAUAUAUGCGGCUUGUACUGUUUCAUCAUGGGAAAUAUAUUAAUACGGGAUAAUUUUUGUAUACCUCAUUAUUACUGCUAUUACUCCUAAGUAGUAUACCCCUCUAUCUGGCUAUCUAAUAUUCAUAUUCCAGUAUCCACUUUGUUCUAACUGUUCUUUUUUAUUGUAUAUUCACGUUUAUGUUGUUGUUUUGUACAAUUGAUGAAUUUUCAGUCUCCUGUGAAAGUGUUGUUGUACAUAUAACAACUAUAACAACCUAAGACGAUUGAUAUACGUAUGCGCGUAAUGUGUUUAUUUAUUUAUUUUCCUUUCUGAUUCCUUUUGUUUUUUUCCAAUCAUUUCUUAGUUUGUAUCCCCUUCCUUCCUUAUUUGUGUAUUAUUAAUAAGCGUUUAACUUUCAGAAAAACACACGCAUCAAAAGGUCACCUUAGUGUUAUUUGUGAAACCACUUUUUUUAAAUCUGAAAAGUUAUUUUAUCUUGCUCUUUCCUUUUAAAUUAUAUUUAACAAUUUAGGAUUUCUUUUUUCCGUCUGUUUUUUUGUUUUUUUAAUUCAAAAUGUGUAAAUAUUUUUUAUUUAUUAGUAAUGAUUUAUUCAAUUGAAUCAUCUCGAAUGUUA